AUGCUAAUCAGCAAAGGAGGCUUCAUAAAUGAUGAGAUCUUUAAAGAGCUGGUGGAGGCACUGAGCCAAUACUCAGACCCAGAGGAAGAGGAGGAGGAAGAGCCCUCAGAGAGAACAGAGAAAGAGGAGGAGGAGGGGGAGGAGGAGGAGGAGAAGAAAGGGAUGCAGAAAACUACAGCUGAAGGACCAGAAGAGUCAAAAGUGGGCUUCUUCAAGAGGAAGAGGAGGAGCACUGCUGAAGGAAGAGAGCUCUCCACCAAUAAGAAGAUUCCUCACGACAAGAUUUUCACAGCUAUCGCAUCCAUGUUUCCGUACAAAGGCACCAUGGAGGAGCUGAAGGACAAGUAUAAGGAUCUCCUGGAGCCACCCAGCCCUGUGAAGUUACCUCCUCUCUGCACGCCCAACAUGGACGGCCCCUUUGCCAAAUCUGUUCAGAGAGAGCAAAGUCUACACUCAUUUCACACACUUUUCUGUCGCCGCUGCUUUAAAUACGACUGCUUCUUGCACCGUAAGAUAUUAUAAUGUCCUUCUCUAGU